AAGAAGAGGCUUUCAGAAGGGAAGGAGAGGACGGAGAAAGACACUGGGACAAUCCCCCCGGAGCAACCUGGAGUUAAGUGCCUUGCUCAAGGACACAAUGGUGGUGGCCGUGGGGUUAGAACCUGCAACCUUCUGAUUAACAGCCCUGUGCUUUAGCCACUACGCCAUCACCACUCCAAUCUACUACAGAUUGUUGUUUGAGGUUCGCCCCAAUUCCUGCCUCCAUCAACUUCACUCAAGUCCACCUGCCUGACCCUGAUACCCCUUAAAAUGGGCAGUUUUCUUGACCUCAUAGGAUGAAUGAAACAUUAAAGCUAAAGCAUCAAUUGUAAAUCAUAUACAGGGCCCUGACUGUCAAGCUUUGGCCCAUGGCGAGAUGAAUGCCUGCAUACGAUGAUGAUGGCUAAAAAGCAAGAAUCCCGGAUGCCUAUCUACAACCUAGUUGUUGUUGGUCUGUCAGGUACUGAGAAGGAGAAAGGCCAAUGUGGAGUUGGCAAAUCCUGUCUUUGUAACCGCUUUGUCCGUCCUAGUGCAGAUGAAUUUCAUCUUGAUCACACUUCUGUCCUAAGUACCAGUGACUUUGGUGGCCGGGUUGUCAAUAAUGACCAUUUCCUUUUCUGGGGAGAGGUGGGACGAGUUUCGGAAGAUGGGGCAGAGUGCAGGAUGCAUGUGGUGGAGCAGACAGAAUUCAUUGAUGACCAGACAUUUCAACCCCAUCGCAGCACAGCCUUGCAGCCUUACAUCAAAAGAGCUGCCUCCACCAAACUGGCUUCUGCAGAAAAACUCAUGUACUUCUGCACUGAUCAGUUGGGGCUGGAGCAGGACUUUGAACAGAAGCAAAUGCCAGAAGGAAAGUUGCAGGUGGAUGGCUUUAUGCUUUGUGUGGAUGUCAGUCGUGGUAUGAACCGCAACUUUGAUGACCAAAUGAAAUUUGUCACCAACUUGUAUAAUCAUUUAAGCAAGACAAAAAAGCCUAUUGUACUGGUUCUCACUAAGUGUGAUGAAGGGGUGGAGCGAUACAUCAAGGAUUCUCAUACCUUUGCCAUUUCAAAAAAGAACUUGCAGGUUGUUGAGACUUCAGCAAGGUCCAAUGUCAAUGUUGACUUGGCUUUCCUUACUUUGCUACAGCUUGUUGAUAAGGGAAGAGGUAAGCCCAAGAUCGUACCUUACUUUGAGGCAUUAAAACAUCAGAGUCAACUAAUUGCCUCUACAAAGGAUCGCUAUGAGUGGUUGGUGAACCACAUCGUGAAGAAUCAUAAUGAAACUUGGCCCAACAUCAGCCGAUGUAUGCAAACCUCAACUGAAUACAAUGAGUAUGUAUUUUUAGAAGGUACAGGUAAGUCCAAGAAGCUAUUUCAACAACAUAUUCACCGGCUAAAGCAGGAGCACAUUGAAAGGCGUCGCAAAGGAUAUUUGAGCACUCUUCCACUCGCCUUGAGUACCUUGGUGUCUGAGUUGGAUGAAAUUGAGCAUUUGAGCUGGUCUGGGGUGCAGAAGGUCCUUGAGUCCAAAAAAGAUUUUGAUCAUUGGUUUGUGGUUCUGGAUGAUGCGCCAUGGGAGGAAACACCACAUCUUGACAACAUGGAGGAUGAUCGAAUUCCCUUUGAUGUGUUAGACACAACAGCUGCUGAAAUAAUCUUUGAUGCACACCUUGAACACCUGCGCAAUGAAUGCAAGCGUGCUCAGAUGCGGCAUGAGUUCAAAGCAAAAUUGGCAUCUUCACCUUUCGUUACCCCUGGCAAGCCCUGGGAAGAGGCCCGCAGCUUCAUCAUGAAUGAAGAAUUCUACCAGUGGCUUGAGGAGCCUGAAUAUUUGGACAUUUAUAACCGGCACCAGAAAGUAAUAAUAGACAGAGCAAAAGAUGAUUUUCAGGAGCUUCUACUGGAAUACUCUGAGCUUUUCUAUGAACUUGAGGUAGAUGCUAAACCUAGUAAAGAGAAGAUGGGAGCAAUUCAGGAAGUGUUAGGAGAAGAACAACGCUUCAAGGUACUGCAUAAAUUGCAAGCUGAAAGGGAUGCUUUAGUGUUGAAACACAUCCAUUUUGUGUAUCACCCUACUAAAGAAACUUGUCCUAACUGUCCACACUGUGUUGACAACAAAAUUGAGCAAAUACUAGCUUCAUGCUUUCCCACACGAUACCCUUUCUUUGGAAAGUCCCAUGUGACUGAUGGAAAGGUUGAUAGGAUAAAUCUUGUUAUACUUGGCAAAGACGGUCUAGCUAGAGAAUUAGCAAAUGAGAUUCGGGCUUUGUGUACCAAUGAUGAUCAUUAUGUGCUUGAAGGUAGAAUGUAUGAACUUGUCCUUCGGCCCAUAGAGGGCAAUGUUAGACUUCCUGUUAACUCAUUUCAUACAGCCACAUUCACUCCCCAUGGAUGCCUAUGUUUGUACAAUUCAAAAGAGUCUUUGUCAUAUAUUGUAGAAAGCAUUGAUAAGUUACGAGAGUCCACACUUGGCAGAAGGGACAGACAUAUGGCUCAGCUUCCUCUGUCACUCUUGUUAGUAAACAAAAGAGGUGUUGGAGGACUGGGCGAAAUUGGUGGAGAGACUGCCCAAACAUUAAUCCCACAGGGUCAGCAGUUAGCCAUAAAACUGCAAUGUAACUACCUGGAACCAGCCACUUCAGGCACUGGCUAUGGUCGAAAUGUGAAUGAAAGGCAGAUCAACCAGGUCUUGAAAGGUCUACUUGAAACUAGGAGGACUUCUACAUUCCAUAGCUGUUAUCCACCUGCACCCCCACUUCCUCCAUGUAUUAGAGACUUACAGCAGGACCAGAGCCCAGAGGCUGAAUUGUGUAUUGUCAUGUGCCUGAUGUGUGGAGACCCUUAUGACAUUGAUCAACUUCUUGCGCCAUUCCUUCUCCCUCAGUAUUGCAAGCCGACCUCGCCUCAGGCAAGUGGUACUUCGGUACUGCUUGAACAGACAAUUGGUGGCCACAAGCAUACAAUUGAACUAUUCCUAAUGUCAUACCAUGCUUCUUUUGCCACACGUAAGAGUCGGCUGGUGAAUGGCUACAUUGCUGUAUACUCUGCCUGUCGUAAGGCUUCUUUUGAAACCCUGUGUGCCUUUUUGUGCGAGGUUCAGGACAUUAUCCCAAUUCAGUUGCUUGCAGUGGAAGAAACCCAAGCAAAGCUUAUAGACUCUGAGUCUGCUCAUGAGUUUUUAGUCCAAGGUGAAGAACUGGCCCAGGAAAUUGAGGGACGGUGUUGCAGUCUUGUUUGUGGCCCUGGUGGAGUUGUUGGAGGGCUUCACAAAAUAGACCUCUUGGAAUCAUUUUUCACAGAGGUAUUAGAAAAGAAAACAAUUGUUGAGGCCAGCCACAUGUAUGCAAAUGUUGCAGAAGCCAGUAGCACAAACGAGAAUGUCUAUUCACCACACUGUGGCUCCACUAGCCCUCUCACAAUGCUGUUAGAUUCUGAGGAAGACAUGGAAGCUUCCCCACCUUACCAUGAUGGCACACUAACCUCUCAUGGUGGAUUCAAACUGCCUGACUUGGACUCAGGUGACACACUCUCUGUAAUCUCUGACCUUAGCACUUUUGAGAACAAGCUAAACAAUAAAGUCCCUCCACAAGUGAGACCCAAACCUUGUGUUACAUUUGACCUCAGAAAAACUAAUUUAAGCCCUUAUGCGGAUGCAGUCAGCCAACGGCGGUCUCUUACCACCAAUGUGACGUGGCCUCUAGGAGGAGAUUACGAUCCUUCAGACUAUGCUGAGCCAAUGGAUGCUGUCUCUAAGCCACGCCCAAGCUAUGAGGACAGUAUAUACUCUGUACCACAUGACAGCACACAGGGCAAAAUUAUUACCAUCCGCAAUUCCAAUAGGAUGCACACCAAUGGAGUAGGCAAUGGAUCAGACAGUGAAGGGGAUGCCAGCUCUUUAGAGAGACGUUGCAAAUUCUCAGCAGCGAGGGUGAAGCCACAACUCUAUCGUGAUCGUUCCAAACGGCUGGGGAAGUUCAGUAUUUUUCGCACAAGUUUUUCCAUUGGUAGUGAUGAUGAGAUUGGCACCCUUUCAAGGUCAAAAGAAGAUGAUGCUUCAAGACUGAAAGGAGACAUACUCAAUGAAGAAGGUGAAGAUCCCAAAAAGAGGAACAUACUGAAAAGUCUUCGCCGACCAGGAAAAAAAACAAGACCAAAGCCUCGACAUUCUAUCUCUAAGCCUUUGGAGAGUAACUAUUUUGGGGUUCCUCUGGUGAACGUGGUUUCCCCUGAAAGGCCCAUUCCACUUUUCAUUGACAAGUGCAUCCAUUAUAUUGAGAUAACAGGUUUGACCACAGAGGGAAUCUACAGGGUAAGUGGAAAUAAGUCAGAGAUCGAGAGCGUGCAGAGACAGUUUGAACAGGACCACAAUCUGGACCUAGUGGAGAAGGACUUCACUGUGAAUACAGUUGCUGGGGCAUUGAAAAGUUUCUUCUCUGAGCUGCCUGAGCCUCUGAUUCCUUAUAGCUCACAGGAGGAGCUGAUGGAAGCUUUCAAAAUUAAUGACAGAGAACAGAGGCUACGCACUAUGAAGGACGUGCUAAGGAGAUUUCCCAGGGAGAAUUUUGAUGUCUUCAAACAUGUUAUGAGCCAUCUAAACAAGGUUAGUCAGUGGAACAGAGUCAACUUAAUGACCAGUGAAAAUCUAUCCAUCUGUUUCUGGCCGACACUGAUGCGACCAGCCUUCACAUCUAUGGAUGCCCUGACAGCCACACGCACCUACCAGACAAUCAUCGAGAUAUUCAUCCAUCAGUGUGCUUUCUUCUUUUACAACCAACCUCUGGCUGAGUCACCCACUGGCCCCUUUGGACCCCCUGGACCACUGGUGCCCUCUGGAUUGCCCCCUCCCCCACAGCUGCCCCUUCUUAUUGCUCAUUGACCCAACAUUUUACCACCCUUUUGCAAUCCCCCCCAAAUUCUCCCCCUCAGAGCCCCCACACACCCCUUGCAGAACCACAAACACUGUGAGUUGGGGAAAAUGCAGCCUAUGAUUAUAAAUGAAUUGUACACACACAUUACAGUGCAUGCAUACACAUCUACAUUCACAUAUAUGCCCUGCACACACACAGACAUUUAAAUGCCUCUAACACAUGUAGCUUGUUUAGGUCAGUGUUUUAUGUGAAAAAUGUAUUUGGGAAGGAGUUGGUGAUCAUCUACAGUUACUUACACAUCAAUCAAUCCAAACACACUCCAGAUGAAGGUCUGUGCACUUAUGAGCUCUUGAACAUUCUUUAAAAGCCAGCAAAGGCUCCAGUUUGUGUUUGUGAUUGCCAUGUCAGCACUGCUCUUGAUAUAGUUUAUUUCAAAAGGGGGAUGUUCUUAUUUUCCAGAGUGUGAACAUACGUAGAUAUGUUAAUCAAAAAGGAAAUUAGCAGAUUUGAAAGACUUGAAGAUUUUCCUGCUUGCUCUUUCUCACUGCAUACUAGCCAACCAAUGGUGUUUUUUAAAACUAUCUGUGUAUCUGAUAUCUAUCCCUUUUUCUAUUCUGCUUUUUCUAUCCACAAAUGCCUCUCUUCCACAAUCCAUCUGUCUACCUUUUUUAUAUGGAACUGUAGUAAAUGGGACAUUGUAGUCAUGAAAAAUCAUUUAGCACUUAAUGAUGUUCAAUCUUCCAUCAUAAAACAUUUUGGGAGAAUAAUAGAAUGAAAUACUUUUCCCCUCUUUUCGCCCCUUUAUUUCAAGAAAAUGAAUGAAAUCACUUAAGCUGCAAACAUAUUCAUCAUUUUGCUUGGGUUUUGUUUUCAACACUACCAUAAUUUGUUUAUAUCCUAUGGAAAGAAUUCUGAAAAGAUAAAUGCUUUGAAUUUUUUUUCUCUUGCUUCCGAGAUUUGAUGUUCUGACACCUGACGCGAUGUUGAUGAGGAAUUGCAACACUGACGACUGGUUGGUUUAAAAUGUUGCCACUGUGUUUGCCACUGUGUUUGAAGGCUCAAAAAACUUUGAAACUUGAGUGAUCAGACAGAGAUCAGUCCUAUUUCUGGACUAAAUUUCCUUUCUUUUAUGAUUCUCCAUCUUUAACUGCUAUGAGUAUUUUUGGACCUAUUAUACAGACUGAAUUUUAGCUAACGUGACCUUAAAUUCAUAUCACAAGUUUUGUAUUGUCAUCUUCAUGUAACUGAAUAAGAAUGACAAAUUUGGCCUUUUCUGCUUUUAACAUCUCAUGUUUUGUCUAAACUCGUCUGGACAAAUCCAUAAUGUAUAAAGAGACAAUGAUUCAUUGUGUGUAGAUUGUAUGUAUAUUACCUAAUUACCUUAAUAUUUCUGAAGUGACGUUAUUUCUAAAUGUGUUCUGCUUGCAUAUGCCACUUCCCAUUUCUAUCCUGCCAAGGUAGAAAAGCUGAAGUACCAAAGUAGUGCAAUGUGGCGGAUGAGGUUUCAACACUAGUUGUAAAUAUUUUGAUGAAGGUGUUGGGGAUGAGUAUUUCAGAUUGAACUCAUACACUUGAAAAUAACCCAUGGCAAAUCGUUGAUGAUUUGAAAAUGUUUUUUUUUAUUAUUAUUAUUAUUAUUAUUAUUAUUUUCAUUCCGUGUACCUGCUGCUUUUCUACCAGGCUAAACAAAUAUGAAAUCAUCCCAGCUUUACUUGAAGUGUACAAUGUUUCUUUCAUAUUGAGCUUUCCAGCAAGCUGCUUGAAAGCUCUAGAUUUACUGUAGUAACUAGUCUGGAUGUUGAUACAGCCAUUUUUGAAUGUUAUCAUAAUGGUUACAGAUUUGAGGCCCUUGAAGAGUGCCACAAAAUGUUCUCUUUUUUAAGUAGAAGUGUUGAUGUAGAAGUAGAGCUUCUUUGGAUUAUUUCCACCAAGAAAAUGUGAUCAUUUCCUAUUCUUUGUUGCUUUGUGUUGAAUCCAAAAUGUAGAAAACAGGCAUUCAAUUGGUUUUGGUUCUGCAGCUUUGGGAGUAAUAUAUAAACAAUGUGUUUCAUGUUGUGAUUUACAACUCCUAACUGACUGAGUUUACAUAUGUUUGCACCCUGAAAUUUUAUAAAUGAACCCUAGCAACUAGUAAGCGAGCCCAAGGCAAAAUCCUGGGGUAGAUGUGACCAUUAUGGCAAUUCUGAUAUGCCACUGUAUUAAUUGAUAAUUGUCAUUAUAAUAAUCAUUAAACCAUUUCUUGCACUUUUAAAUAUGUCAUUUACCAUGGCUUUAUCAGAAUGACUGAGAUAUGUGUAUUUUGUUUUCGUGACCUAGCGAGCAUUUAAAGCCUGUUUGACCAUUUUAUUUAAAGUGUCUGAGUUAGCAGUGUAUAUGUUUUGGGUUUUAACUCACAAAAACUAAUAUCAGUGUAAUCAGAAAGAAGUCUGACCAAGUUCAGCUGUAUUACUUUGGGGUCUAAAUACAAGCUUAGAUUGGACACAAGAGCAAGUCAAUGCUAAUUUCACAUUUUUGGCUCUAUGAGAAUGAAUGACUGUCCUCUUGUGGCCAUAAUUGGAUCAGCAGGUAUGAAUUUGUUUAAUAAAAAAUAAAAAAAGUGAAUUUCCUAAUAUACAUAACAAAUCUGAAAAGCUAGUAACAAUGAUUGAAAUAUAAAUAACAAGAGAAAACCUGUUCACAACUACUUCUUUUUUAUGUUGGCUGGUCUGUUGAAAAAGGAUCUGUAAUCUGUACUCCAAAGGAUUUCAUUCUUUAUCACUUGCUCUGUUCUCCGUACACCUAUCACCCCGUCACGCCCCCUUCCUUGUGUCUUUUGUUUGUAUUAAUUGGUAGAGCAGUGCUUUCUGCUGUGAACAGAUGGUUUAUUUCCUUUAAUGUGGGACAGACAGCUUUUGUUUAACUUUUAUUUAGGAGUGAUUUGAGAGAUAUUUAGCAGACAGUAUGGCUGUAUAAUGUGGCUCUCUUAAUUCAUGCAACAACAGUUUGUUCUGUUUGAGGUGAAAAACACUGCCUUUAAGUUGGACGUGUUUGUUUCAUAUUUGAACAGAAGACAAGGCUAGGCUAACUUGGUAGCAUUCAUGACUAAAGAUCUUUACAGGGUGAAGUUUUUCAUAUGUAUUCAGUAUUUCAGAAUAUGAGCCUGAUUAAAAAUAAAUAUUUAUGAGAACUAAUGAAAAAACAUCAGCAAAAUGAUCCUGUUAUGAAAGUGUCAGACUUUAAAUAAACUGAACAACAAAAAAUAAAUACAUUUUGUAACAUGAAUGAUGUUCUCAAUUAUCUGUGAUUCUCGUAUAUUGUUUACUUAAUGAGCGACAGUUGUUUGAAUAUGUGGUUUAUAGUUGCUAUAAUCAUAAACAAUUAACUUUGGUACACUAAAAGUAUGUGGAAACCCUCAGUGCUACACUACAAUGAUAUUCUGUGAUUCCAAAUUUGUGGCUACAGUUUGGGUAGGAUCUUUUCUGUUUCGAAAUGACAGUACCACUGUUUACAAAGCAGGUCCAUAAAGAAAUGGUUUACCAAGUGGAAGAACUUGCAUGGCUUGCACAAGCCCAGACCUGAACCCCUUGUUGAACACUGUUGGGAUGAACUGGAACAGAGAACCAUGCAGGCUCAUAACACCACUGACGCUCUUGUGUUUUUUUAAACAUUAAAAAGCAUGGCAAACAGUUUGAAAUCCCUCCCUUUGCUACUAUAACAGCUUCCAUUCUUCUGGUAUGGCUUUCCAUUUAAUGUUGGAAUGUUGAUGCAGGGAUUUAGAAAUGUAAAUGAACUCUAUUAUGACUGGCUUACCUCCAAGAUUAAAUGUGUCGCAUAAACUGUUAAGGUUGGAUUUAAAUAAUUUGGGACCUUGGUACAAAUUAACUUUGUGCAUUUGUUUCAAACACUGGGAUCAUUUGGUAGGCUUGGCAUAGCCACAGGUGCAACCCCAGUGCCAGAAAUGGCACAAUGUUUGGAUUCGUUCAAUUAAAAAGUAAGUAACUUUGUUACUAUGAAAUAGAAAAUUAUACUUCACUGAUGAGUUCUUCCCUGAAAACUAGAAGAAGUGGGUGCUAGGGUUUGUCAAAUGAUUUCAGCAUUGUUUUCUCACUGAAAUAUUUGCACUUUUUAAAUAGCUUAUUCUGUUCACUUUUCAUAAUGCAA